AUAAAAGAUUGAUAAAAGUGGUUUCAAAAAGAAAGGGACAGCAAGAGGAAUAAGAGAAUGAGUGAGAAUCAUGUGAAGUACCGCCGCAUAUAACAUACUCUCUCUCUUAACCUGUUUGUUAAAUUCAACAAAACACACCCUUUGUGAGAACUUGUUGUGUAGUUGGGGUGUUGGGACCAAUUCAAGUUCAAUGGCUGCAACAGCUUCAAGGUUCAUCAAGUGUGUGACCGUUGGGGAUGGAGCUGUAGGCAAAACUUGCAUGCUUAUUUGCUAUACAAGCAACAAAUUCCCCACGGACUAUAUUCCCACGGUGUUUGAUAAUUUCAGUGCAAAUGUUGUUGUUGAAGGCACAACUGUCAAUUUAGGCCUCUGGGACACUGCUGGGCAAGAGGAUUACAACAGGCUGAGGCCUUUGAGCUACAGGGGAGCAGAUGUCUUUGUCUUGGCUUUCUCUUUAGUUAGUCAUGCAAGCUACGAAAAUGUGUUGAAGAAGUGGAUCCCUGAACUGCAGCAUUUUGCCCCUGGAGUCCCAGUGGUGCUAGUUGGUACCAAAUUGGAUCUCCGAGAAGACAAACACUAUUUGGCUGAUCAUCCUGGUCUGGUGCCUGUGACUUCUGAGCAAGGUGAGGAAUUGCGUAAACUGGUAGGAGCUGCAUAUUAUGUAGAGUGCAGCUCAAAAACCCAGCAGAACGUGAAGUCAGUUUUUGAUGCAGCUAUCAAGGUGGUCAUCAAGCCUCCACAAAAACAAGAGAAGAAGAAAAAACCACGUCGAGGGUGUUUUCUAAAUGUCAUCUGUGGAAGGAACAUAGUUCGUCUUAAGUGAAUCAUUUCAUCCAAAGGCUUUUCUUGGGAGGGAGAAGUGCUGUCAUCAUCAUUCUGUAGAAAUUUUAAAUUGACUUUGGUUUUUUGGCUUUUAUAAUUUCUUGAUAGGGUUAUGCCUUGAGGAAAUACCAAGUGUUUUUUAGCAUUUUUUUUUUUUUUUUUUGUAAGGAAAGAACAAUGAAAGCCAAUUCAUGGCUAGCUAUUAUUAUGCUUAUGUUGAUAUCACGUACAUAGAUGAAUCACAAGAAAAAUUCACAUUUA